ACGUCACAAACUUGUCAGCAAAAAUUUAUUAAGAAAAAAUCAUAACAAUCAAAGUGGUGGCUAGCAGUUGCAUAAACAAUUAUUUUAUAUUACUUUCCAUUUUCACCUGUUUUAUUGACAUAUAGAAAAUAACUAUCCAAAGAGCAGGUGUAUUAUUAAAUUAAGAAAAACAAAACAUCACUCCCAGUUCUCGUAGGAAAAAGAAAACACACAAAAAGAUGACGGCCAGAAAUCCUCAAACCCUUAUGGCUGUGCCAAAUGAAGAAAGUUUCGAUUUUCUUUUUAAAAUCGUAUUAAUCGGUGAUUGCGGAACUGGUAAAACUUGUAUUGUAGAACGCUUUAAAACGGGAAACUAUGUUGAACGUCAUGGCAAUACCAUUGGUGUUGAUUUUUCAAUGAAAACCAUUGCCAUUGAAGGGAAACAAGUGAAGUUACAAAUAUGGGAUACAGCUGGCCAGGAACGCUUCCGAACAAUAACACAGAGUUACUAUCGCUCAGCAAAUGGAGUCAUCAUUGUUUACGACAUCACAAAACGUUCAUCAUUCACAAAUCUUCAAAAAUGGAUUGAAGAAGUUCGCCGUUACACAGCAUCGAAUGUCCUUCUAAUAUUAAUCGGUAAUAAAUGUGAUCUCGAGGAAGAACGUGAAGUUUGCUUCGAAGAAGCCGAAGAAAUGUGCCAAUAUAUUCCAGAAAUUCUUUUCGUUAUGGAAACUUCAGCGAAAGAAAAUACAAAUGUUGAAGAUGCUUUUACCUGCCUCGCUGCUGAAUUAAAGAGAAAACACAGCGCGUUAGAUGUGGAAAAUCAAGAAGAAAGUGGCAUUCAUUUAGGACAAAGUAAACCAUUAAAAAGUUGCAGCAGUUCCUGUAAUCUAACAUAGAAACAAAAUGUAAUUUAUUUUAGUCAUGUUAUACUAACUAACUGUGCAUGAUCAUGUGUCUCUGGUGAUUUGUUUUAUAUAUUUUUAUUUUUUUAACAUUUUUUUUAGUUAAAUUUUAUCGUGUCGGUGAAACUUGAAAAGUAUGUAACUUCGUAUUUAGCAUAUUUUUUUUAGGAUAGUAGUUAUAAUUUUCCUAUAACCUUAACUCAAACAAUCAUGAAAACAAUAAUUAAAUUUAAUAAGACCUCCCGCUCCCUAAAAUUUUAACAAACUUUAUUUUCAGAAAAUAACGCAGUUACAUAUUUUUCUAGUCAUACCGAAAAUGUGUUCUUAUAAGAAAGUAAACAUAUUUAUAUUUACAUAUAUAAUCGGAACAAAUAGAAAACAAAAACAAAACAACAUUUUUAAGUACAAAACAAAACAGUCGCAAAUGAAAAAUAGUAAUAGAAUCUAAGUUCGACAAGAUAUCUAACGUAUCAUUAAACAAAACAAAAUAUAUAAAAUAAAUAAUGCAAAUGGUGUCAAUUAUAAUUAGAAUCUUAUUUAACUAAGUUAUUUGUGAGAUAAUGUAUGUGUUUGAGACCAAGUUACAUUAUUGUUAACCAAAUCAUAAAAUAAUAAUCAAAAAAAUAGUAAAACAAAAGUAGUCAAAGUAGUAGUUGUUGUAGUUUCUAGAGAAAAACAAAAAACAAAA